CCAUUGGUGGACAGGACCUCGGUAUUUCCACCUCCAGGAUAUUCAACUUGAGAAGCUUGAACCUGAGAGUUUGCCAAGGCGGAACAACUCGCACUCGAAGGGAGGAGCAAAUCCGUACGUAGCAUGAACUUUUGGAUUUGCCUCCUUUCCCGACCGCGAAUGUCUCCGAUCCCUUUCCAAGUUCCAGAUGCGCUGCUGCCACUACGGACAGGCUCCUUAUCUCCCUCUAACCCUUUCGCUUGGUGUUGGCGCAUCCGAUAUAACCCCUCCAAGUGGACAUGGACCUGGCGGGAUGACUGCGGACAAAAUUACCCUUGUGAGGGAGAAUACCAAUUAUUUGAAGGAUUCCCAUCUUACCGGCAUCCCAUCAUACACUAGGGCUGUCCUAAUCGACUUGACCAUAUUCCUCCAAUCGUGGUGCCGAGUAGAUCAAUUCCCCUUCUCUUUUGGAUUCCCCCAAGGACAACCUGGUGGUCGUUGUGAUGAAGCUUGGUUGGCCAGUCCUCAAUUCCCUCUGGUAGAGGCAUUCGGUUCCUGUUCAACUCUCUACUUCUUCUAUAUGGAUCGUAUCUUUGCCACCUUGGCCAACGAAUCUCUGGCUCUUAUUAUCCCUACCCAACUCAUCCUGUUUUGUCGCCAUGUACCCGGUCUCAUCUUCUCGCAGCGGUGCUGCUGAGCUUCUAGCCAGCAAAGGAGAGCCAUGACAGGCCUAGAAGCUGACGAAAUCGGGGGCUUUUUGAAUGCCGAUUGUACUGCUGGUUUUGAAACGGAAAAGGGUGUUGUUAUCGUGAUAAACGACUGUUAUUGCGACGAAAAACUGAAGGAUCGUGGCUUCAGCACCGACCCGAGCAAGCGCUGGAGCUUCCAUUUGCCUCAAUAGUGCCACAAGAGUAACUUUAGGAUAGCUAUGACCUCUGCUUAUAGCAUGUUAAAGCUUCCUUUUUACUGUUUGCUUUGUUGAUAUGGUCGUCGUGUGGACUUCUCAAUUACUGGUCCUAGUCAUUGCCGGUAGACACGGUUGAUCGGACAAGCCCAUUCCCUAACAACACCC